UUCCGAAAACUGUUUUUUUUAACACACAUUUUGUUCUUUGCUUGUUCUGAAAAUCGUAGGCGGUGGAUGCACGGCGCGGUUUGCGUAAAGUUACAACCACACCGGCAAAGAGCGCGAUGUUACCAAAGUGUAUGGACCGGAUGCUGUUGGUGCUGGUGGCGCGGCGGCAGCUCUGCUCGCAACCGUUUCGCCGGAUGUCGUACCAUCGGUUUGAGCUGCAACAACCUAUCUACGAUACGGACUACCUGCUCGAUCCGGCCAACGCUGAUCAAAUCGAGGCCAACAUACUGCUGCGCAAAGGCGUCGGUGAUAUCCGGCUGGUGCACGAACUCCAGGAGCGGUUACAGGGAGGAGUGACCGGCGAGUCACGCCGGCAGCUUGCCGAUCGUCUGCAGACGGAGCUGGGUAAGCUGCCUAACCGAACCCAUCCGCGUCUCCUAUCAUAUGAGGGCAAACCGCGACUGGUCCGGCGGUACAAUGAGCCACAAAUAGAGCGAGCAAGCAACGACCACCGGCCACACUACGAGUUCGGUGAUAUCUGCAAACGGAUGAACCUGUACCGGAUGGAGGCGCUCGGCAACUUUACCGGCCACCGGUCCUACUAUCUGCUGGACGAGCUGGCUGAACUCGAGCACGCCCUGAUCGGCUACACGGUAGAGCGGUUGUUGCAGGAACAGUUCCGACUCAUCUCCGUACCGGAUCUGCUACCUGCGCGCAUCAUCGAGAGCUGUGGCAUGAGCACCACCGGCACCCGGAACCAGGUGUACAAGGUCACCAGCGGUGGACCAGCGGACGAUUCUCGCGAUGUGCUCUGCCUGUCUGGGACUUCAGAGAUGGCAUUGGCAGGCUAUUUCGCUGGUCGAGCACUGCCCGGGGAGCGGUUGCCACUGCGGCUGGCCGCGGUUAGCCGCUGCUACCGGGCGGAAACGUCAGCGCUGCACGAAGAGAAGGGCAUCUACCGGGUGCACCAGUUCACCAAGGUGGAGAUGUUUGCCAUCUGCCGGCCGGAUCAGUCGGCUGGUGUGCUUCGCCAGUUCCGCGACAUCGAGGUGAGCCUGUUCGAGCAGCUCGGCCUGCCGUUCGUGUUGCUCGAUAUGCCGGCGUGCGAACUGGGCGCCCCGGCUUACCGCAAGUACGACAUCGAGGCGUGGAUGCCGGGCCGCCAGAUGUACGGCGAGAUCUCGAGCUGCAGCGACUGUACCGAUUAUCAGGCGCGCCGACUCGGAAUCCGGGUCGACGGUGCGCAGCAGCAGCAGCAGCAGCCGUUCGCUCACACAGUCAACGGCACGGCCUGUGCGAUCCCGCGAAUGCUGAUCGCCCUGCUCGAGAACUUCCAGAACGAGGACUAUACCGUCUCGAUACCGGAACCGCUGCAGCGGCACAUGCACGGCAAGCAGGUACUGCGGCGACGGAAGGUACUGCCCGAGCUGAAGCUCACCAAACGGCUCCAGCAGGAGGAGCUGGUGUGUACCGUUUGAAUGAGCGUUUGCGGAGCGUUGGAGUGUGUGAGCAGCAGUAGCAGCAGCAGCAGCAACAGCACGGGAGCAUCCGAAACCGGAGCGCAAACCAAUAAACAAGUCAAAAGCCGCUGUUGAACCGUGAAAUGGCGUACCAUCAUUCCGCGUCGAUACUGCCAUGAGUGGCAGUUUCUGCGCUCGAUGACGAAAUAUGACGAACGCGUCACCGACCUCUCGUCUGCCAUCUCAGGUCCUACGAGAUUCACGCUGCCGCCGUGGUGCGUGAGGAAGUACGGCAGAACCAACUGAGCGUAACUGUGGUGCAUGUGGUGGAGGCACAGAUUGGAGAAUGAAAUUGUCCCGCUGGCUACGUCCACACCCUUCCAUGAUGGAAUCUCGGAAACCUUCCGAGCGGCAGGAUUCGCCGCUGCUUUCCCUCUUUGCGCCGGUAUUAUCCAAAUCCGGGUCCGGUUUAAUUUACCUUGCCUUCCUUCUGACAAGCCUUGUGCGCUGUGCUUGUGCAAAUAAUCUGUUGGUUGGGCUGUGUGUAAUUCAUUCCUGUGCUCGCACGCACGAUUUCUAACGCAGACGACCCAGGUGUUCGCGUCUGGUGAACCCAAUAGAAUAGUGGUGACCAACACGCUAUAGGAAAACCUGCCAGCCGAGCAACACGUCAGUUAAGCAGCAGCUCCUAGACCAAUGACCUCACGCGCAGUAUACCAUAUUGAUUACAUCUCAGAUAGAAAAAUGGAAAUCGUCUCGAAUGCUGUAACAUGUUGGUGGCCGAUAGCGGUGUUAUCAAAUGAUCGGUAUUUUGUUCCUUAACUUUGAUUCCUUUCCGCGAAUUCAGCUACUAAUCGAUAGUGCUCUAAUUGUGUUAAUAAAAAUCGCAACUGGACCAUGA